AUGACUGUGCUGACGGAGGAUACAGGGGGAGACGAGGGAGGGGGGGCGAGGAGGAACCACUUCUCCUUGAGGAGCUCAAACACUUCAGGAGACUCGGAUCAGAGAAAAGGAGGAGGUCUGGGAGACUCGGAUCAGAGAAAAGGAGGAGGUCUGGGAGACUCGGAUCAGAGAAAAGGAGGUCUGGGAGACUUGGAUCAGAGAAAAGGAGGUCUGGGAGACUCGGAUCAGAGAAAAGGAGGUCUGGGAGACUCGAAAUGCAGAAAAGGAGGUCUGGGAGACUCGGACCGCAGAAAAGGAGGAGGUCUGGGAGACUCGGAUCAGAGAAAAGGAGGAGGUCUGGGAGACUCGGAUCAGAGAAAAGGAGGAGGUCUGGGAGACUCGGAUCAGAGAAAAGGAGGAGGUCUGGGAGACUCGGAUCAGAGAAAAGGAGGAGGUCUGGGAGACUCGGAUCAGAGAAAAGGAGGAGGUCUGGGAGACUCGGAUCAGAGAAAAGGAGGUCUGGGAGACUCGGAUCAGAGAAAAGGAGGUCUGGGAGACUCGAAAUGCAGAAAAGGAGGUCUGGGAGACUCGGACCGCAGAAAAGGAGGAGGUCUGGGAGACUCGGAUCAGAGAAAAGGAGGAGGUCUGGGAGACUCGGAUCAGAGAAAAGGAGGAGGUCUGGGAGACUCGGAUCAGAGAAAAGGAGGAGGUCUGGGAGACUCGGAUCAGAGAAAAGGAGGAGGUCUGGGAGACUCGGAUCAGAGAAAAGGAGGAGGUCUGGGAGACUCGGAUCAGAGAAAAGGAGGAGGUCUGGGAGACUCGGAUCAGAGAAAAGGAGGAGGUCUGGGAGACUCGGAUCAGAGAAAAGGAGGAGGUCUGGGAGACUCGGAUCAGAGAAAAGGAGGAGGUCUGGGAGACUCGGAUCAGAGAAAAGGAGGUCUGGGAGACUUGGAUCAGAGAAAAGGAGGUCUGGGAGACUCGGAUCAGAGAAAAGGAGGUCUGGGAGACUCGAAAUGCAGAAAAGGAGGUCUGGGAGACUCGGACCGCAGAAAAGGAGGAGGUCUGGGAGACUCGGAUCAGAGAAAAGGAGGAGGUCUGGGAGACUCGGAUCAGAGAAAAGGAGGAGGUCUGGGAGACUCGGAUCAGAGAAAAGGAGGAGGUCUGGGAGACUCGGAUCAGAGAAAAGGAGGAGGUCUGGGAGACUCGGAUCAGAGAAAAGGAGGAGGUCUGGGAGACUCGGAUCAGAGAAAAGGAGGUCUGGGAGACUCGGAUCAGAGAAAAGGAGGUCUGGGAGACUCGAAAUGCAGAAAAGGAGGUCUGGGAGACUCGGACCGCAGAAAAGGAGGAGGUCUGGGAGACUCGGAUCAGAGAAAAGGAGGAGGUCUGGGAGACUCGGAUCAGAGAAAAGGAGGAGGUCUGGGAGACUCGGAUCAGAGAAAAGGAGGUCUGGGAGACUCGGAUCAGAGAAAAGGAGGAGGUCUGGGAGACUCGGAUCAAAGAAAAGGAGGAGGUCUGGGAGACUCGGAGGAGGUCUGGGAGACUCGGAUCAGAGAAAAGGAGGUCUGGGAGACUCGGAUCAGAGAAAAGGAGGAGAUCUGGGAGACUCGGAUCAGAGAAAAGGAGGAGAUCUGA